UGCUGCCGUUUUUCUCUUUUAACCUUCAAGUUCGGUAUUGCCCGGCGCAAUCCUAUCCCUAUUCCUUCGUCGCCCGGUGCGCACUUUUGCCAUAUCCCUCUUUCACUUCCUUCAGAAGCACAUUCCGGAGCUCUCCCCUCACCAAUUUAUAAACCUCUCAAUCAUUCCCCUAUCAUGAUGUGGACCCUUUCGUCGAUAGUAUCGGGCAUUUUCUUUGCUAUCCUUGUCCCCGUUUUCUUUGAAGUGAAUGCAUCCCCCAUCCGAAGCUCGGUCGCGUCACGCACGUCACCUCUGUCCCACUUCAGCGGUCGUGGCCAGCCUUUGUUCCCAAGAAUGACUAUAGGCUACGGUUAUUUGAGUAACACAGCUAUGUGUGCCGAAUACCAUAAAGGCAUGACUGUAAUCGAUUGGCUUAAACCUCAUCCCAAUUUUUUCAACUUGUCUCCGAUACCAAGAUUUAAUGCAGGGAGCAUGUCAGAAGCGCCAGUCGGAUCUUGCGAGUGCAUCUUUGAAGCAAAUAAAUAUCAAUUUUUGGAUAGUGAUCUGCAUUAUGGUUUGCCUCACCUGUCAAAGGAACCCAAAAUAUCUUUCUCGAAUCCACGGAAUACUAUUCCAAGGGUGUUAUUAUCACCAUGUAACGGUGGGACGAAAGAGCUCAACAUUACGAUGUUCUGUAACAAGGAAUGUAAGAAAAAUUUGUGUUCCUGCACGUUUGAUCAAUAUCAUUUCUGCAUACAAUCUUUUCUCUGGGUGUGUAUCCCUAGACUUGCAUGGCUGAAUGUGUCUGUUGACAGGGAAAGCGGACGAAAUAAUUGAAUGGAGCCAAUGGAAAAUACAGAACUGGCCACAGAUCGAGGAUAAGCCAAAAACUAUCAAGGAUUUCAAGGAGGCCUCCCAGUUAAGUUUCUAAGAAAAACACCAGUACGAAGCAAGGGUUAUCACAAGUUCUUCGAAUUCGUUGUCAUUUGCGUUCCGUGUGAUUAGUCCAUUCUAUAACUACUUAUGCCUAUGAAUAUAUUUCCUUCUACCGUUAU